AUGUCACAGUCAGCCCUCCGACUCGGGACUGCCCUGAAGCUGGUUGGAACAAGAUGGAAAGUUCGGACGCUCUUCAUCGACGAGGAGAAAGGUGAUGCGAGGUGCGAAGUCCGUGGUUCUUCCUCUGACAAAAAGUCUCCGCCUUCAGGGCUGUUGUGGUGGCAGUCAGCGACGUCGUCGAGUUCAAGACAACGGGGAUCGAUCCGAAUGAGCGACAUAGCUGAUGUCUCAAACAUCCCCGACAGGACCUUCGUCUCGUUCGAAGUCAUCACUGCUCAAGGAGCCAACCACGUCUUCAGGAUGAUGGAGGAUCACAAGAUGGAAAAUGGCGACGUCGACUUUGGCAGCUGGCCUUCAGUCAUCCGGCAAGCGAUCAAGAGGUUCAAGGCCUUUGACGUGGAUGGAGAAGCGAUAGCGGAGAAGAAGAACAAGGGAGGGCAGGAGCUCGCGCUCCUUCGCUGCGAAAAUGCCCUCUUGGACAGAAUUUCAAGCGCUGAUACUGUGGGGCUGGGAGGAGAUGUGGAGGUAGAAGCGAGCCUGGACGCGCUGAUCGUCGACCUUGCCAAACUGAAAGUUCAGCUCCACCACCUCCGAUCCUCCCAUGGGGACGAGAGGGCAUUGAACGAGUUCCUGAUGGAGUUUGUGGAGUCUGAAUGGCAGGAAGAGAGAUAUCGAAUGGUCGAGGGAUACAAAGAGGCCAUGACCUUGCGCGAUUCCGCCAUCCACUCGUCGCAAUGCUUCCAGAAGCAAGCGCAGAAGCUCGAGAUGCAGAUAGAAGGCCUGCGAAGCGACAACGAAGCCUUGAAACGAGAACUUCAGGUCCUGACGGACAGGCUGCUAGCUAGGAAGGAGGAGGAGGAGAAGAGCACAGUGGAACUUCCGGACGUCGUUCGGAGGGAGCAACUGGCAACAACGAGCAGGGCAUACAUCAUUGACGAUAUAGACACGGACCUUGACGUUGCUGGAGGAGAAGAGGAGGAGGAGAGACGAGUGAACAUCGCAGCCUUCCUCUCCCAACUCUACAACCCCCAGCCAGCGCUCGCUCGAUCCCUGGAGCACCCGAGGACAACGGAUGUGAGAGGAACAACAGCUGCAAAAGCUGCAACCACAGCAGCGAGAGUAACUGGAGCAGGUGGUAGAGACGACGACGAACGAAAGUCUCCUCGCUAUCUCGAUAGAGUAUACAAGUCAGCAGCUGAGCUGUACAUCGAAAAGAGAAAGGGGAGGGAGGAGCAGGAGAAGGGCUACAAGGAGGAGAAGAUAUCCAAGUACAUCGCGGCUUGGAAACAGGACUCUUUCCCACAGGAGGAGACCAAACUGAGCGGGCCAUCUCCCGCUUCCCCGAUCGCCACCUGCACCGACAACAAGCAGCAAGCGCAAGACGUGAAGACGCUGGAGCAGACGUAUCCUGCUCCAGCGAUGCACAAAGAGUACCAGGAGAACAUCGUAGGAGCCUCCAAGACUUCCCAGUCCAGGCCGGAAGACGCGUCCUAUGGCGGCGCGGCCUGGCUGCAGUAUGAAGCAAAGAUCGUGGAGGAGUUCGGCAUGGAGGGUUUGCGGAAGAUCAGAGCAGGUCGACAGGAGAGGGACGGACGGCGGAACUUCACUGUCGUUCCCUCCGUCGCUCACAAGUCAACCCCUGAUCCCCAUCACAAUGCCGUAGAGGGAGGGCGCAACAUCAUCAGCUGCUCUCCUUUCACCACUGAACGUCUGUGA